UGUAAGCAUAAACGCAGAAGGCGGAGUUUCUCUGUAGGUAAACCGGCCCUUUCAUCUUUGACUUCACUUCACCAAAACACUGCGGCUGAUGCGAACAUCUCCAUAACUGAAUGUAUUUACAUAUAGGUUGGGCGUUAUAAGUCAUUUUUCACAAAGCAUUGUAGGUGUCUGCCUGCACCUGAAACACUUCACCAUGGACAGCGAGGGCAGAAAAGUGGUCGUUUGUGACAAUGGUACUGGGUGCUGCAAUAGAUGCCAGAUGCAUGCUGACUCGUGUUCACGCAGGGGCGUUUAAAAUGGCUUGAAUCUGUUUGAACAUGUUUCAAGAGGAACGCAGAUGAGCACAUCACCUUAAAAGGUGGUAGGGAAAAGUAUACAAGGUUAUUGGUCACAAUUAAGGAAGUGCUAAAUGGGAAGUUAACAGCCCCACACUACUCCCCACAAAAAGCUCCUCUUCUGAUCCUGACAUAGUUUUUCAAAAAUCAUGCAUGAUUUUCACACUUCAGCACAUCAACAACAUCAAUACAGUAUUUGCAAUAUUAAAUGUUUUAUCUGCAGUCGUGUCCUGACACCCCUGAAAUAUGAACCGCAUUGCAUCUUAUCUUUUUAGACUGCUCACUUGUCAUCCUCUCUCCAAUUAUUUGCAGUUUGUCAAGUGCGGUUUUGCUGGGUCCAAUUUCCCCGACCACAUCUUCCCAGCCCUGGUGGGUCGUCCCAUUAUUCGGUCAAAUACAAAAGUAGGAAAUAUAGAGAUCAAGGAUCUGAUGGUUGGGGAGGAGGCGAGUGAAUGCCGCUCCAUGUUGGAGGUCUCGUAUCCCAUGGAGAAUGGAAUCGUCCGCUGCUGGGAGGACAUGCUGCAUCUGUGGGAUCACACCUUCGGUCCGCAGCGGCUGAAUGUCAGCCCUCCUGACUGUAAGGUUCUGCUGACGGAACCACCCUUGAACCCGCUGAAGAACCGUCAGAAGAUUGCUGAGGUCAUGUUUGAAACCUACAAAUUCCAUGGCGUCUACAUUGCUAUACAGGCAGUGCUGACACUCUACGCUCAGGGCUUGUUAACAGGUGUGGUGAUUGAUUCAGGAGAUGGAGUGACUCAUAUUUGUCCAGUGUAUGAGGGCUUCUCUCUUCCCCACCUCACUCGCCGUUUAGACAUCGCAGGACGUGAUAUCACACGUUAUCUCAUAAAGCUUUUGCUUCUGAGGGGCUAUGUCUUCAACCAUACCGCAGACUUUGAGACAGUGCGAAUGAUGAAGGAGAAGUUGUGUUUUGUAGGCUACAACAUCGAGCAGGAACAGAAGCUGGCCAAUGAGACCACAGUUCUGGUGGAGUCCUACACGUUACCAGAUGGCCGGAUAAUAAUGGUUGGAGGUGAAAGGUUUGGAGCCCCAGAGGCCCUUUUUCAGCCUCAUCUUGUUAAUGUGGAGGGUGUCGGUGUGGCUGAACUGCUCUUCAACACCAUCCAAGCAGCAGACAUUGACUUAAGGGCGGACUUUUACAAGCACAUAGUCCUGUCUGGAGGCAGCACCAUGUACCCUGGACUUCCUUCCCGUUUGGAGCGUGAAAUCAAGCAGCUUUACCUGGAGAGAGUUCUGAAGGGAGACACUGAGAAACUCUCUAAAUUUAAAAUCCGUAUUGAAGACCCUCCACGGCGUAAACACAUGGUGUUUAUGGGUGGGGCGGUGUUGGCCAACAUCAUGAAAGAUAAAGAGAAUUUCUGGAUGUCAAGAGCGGACUACGAGGAGAAAGGCCUAAAGGUGCUGGACAAACUGGGAGGUGGUCUACGAUGAGAGAGCAAGAAUGGGAUUCUUCAUACACACAAAAGCUUGUAUUCACAUCCAUUGUUACUAAUAUAACAUAAUUGUAACACUUAAGUACACUUUUCCCUUAAGACUAUAUUUGGUCAAUUUAUGAACCUUUUUCUAUGUGGGAACAUUUAGCAAUGCAUUUCUUUCAGGUUUUGCUAUUCUUCUGGGAAUGUGUAAAUGGAGGGAUUUAGCCUGGCUAAAUGUUAAAUAUAAUUUCUUUUUCAUGUUAAAAUACUUUCUCCUAUCCAAGCAAACACUGUUUAUGUGGCACUAUAAAAAUUGUUUGUUAUGAGCGGCCUGUCCAGCCAUGGACCCUUUAAAAAAAAAAUUUUUUACAUUUCCUGGUUUGGAACCUGGAUGUCAAAUAUACUGAAGCAGGGUAAACUUAACUAGCAGUGAAUGGGAAAGUGUGCCCAUUUGCUCCAACAGCAAAAGAAAAAGUCCAUUUUUACAUUUUCACAACUUUACAUAAGAGGAAAUAAUAAAAGUUACUCCAUAUUGUUUUUUCAAAAAAUACAAAAUAAUUUGCAUGUGUGCUAAAUGUAUUAUUUUACCCUGUCAUUAAUUAAAAAAUCUAUAGAGUAAUGUUAGAAUUUUACACUAAAUAUUUAAAACUAAAUUUAAUAGGAAAAAGUUUUAGAUUUACGCUUCUACAUAAUGCAGAAACGCAUGAACACUGCCUGUAAAAAGGGUCCAUUGACUCAACCAAUGGCGUGAGUGGUAAUCUAUUUGUUCGAUCAAUGGCAGAUGGGGGAUUGUUUGAACAAGAGGUUUGAAGACAAUGUUUAUUUUUGCAAUUUCGUUUGGUGGCUCAAAAAUUACACAUUUCAGCAUUAACACAUUUGUAUAUAUUAAAGGUGCACUCAGUAAGUUUUCAAACUUAAACGGAUAAGUGUGGAUGUGAUUUUUAUUUAUUUAUUUAUUUUUUUUAUGAGGAACAAAAUGUGUGCACCUUUAAAAAAAAAAAAAAAGAUCACUUUUUUUCAGACAGAAAAAGUAACAAAUGGUUUUUAGAUGGCAUAAUGAAUGAUGGCUAAAACUAAAAAAAAAACUAAAACUGAUUGAGUACUUACUGUGUCUGCACAAUACUUAGAUCUCUCUUGUUUUUCAAAGAAAUUAACAUACAACAACUUGUUGCUCCAAAGUAGGACAACAUUCUCAAAACUACAUUAGAAAUGAUUACUAAAUUACUGCUGCCAUCUAGUGGACUACAAACACACGUUAUUUACUUUGAUGAUAAACACCACAAACUUUCCUAUGUUAUUUUCCCUGCAAGUAAUUCACCCAGAAAAACACUGAAAAGCUCCAUAGAGAUAGACUUGAACAGUAAGCAUCCACAUUCAAGUUUAAUAUUGUAAGUCAGUGAAUAAGCAUACAGCACCUUUCUGUAGGCAGUAAACAUAUAAAGAAAUUGUGCUCAGAUGAGAUGCAUGACAUUCAUUCAUGCAUCAAAAUGAACUGUGUCACAAACAAAUGCAUGCAGAGGUCAAAUAUCAAGAGUUCAACUGAUCCAGCAAUGAAAGCGAUCCAGCAAAGAAAACUGAAUUCAUCAUCAGAAACCCAUGUAGAAUAAGAAUUACAUUAUAGUUAAUACACGGGAGAAAACAAAUGUUACAAUGUCACAUUAAAUUAAGUUCAGUAAAAUAGCAUUUGAUGGAACAGUUUUUAGAUUAAAACUAAAACCAGUAUGUGAAAUUACUCAGUAUCACCUACCUUUCGCCAAACUAACAGGGAAAUCUCCUGACUUAAAGGGAUAGUUCACCCAAAAAUAUAAAUAGUCAUAAUUAACUCACCACACUCCAAAUACGAUUUUUUUUUUUUUUUUUUUACACAUGGAACACCUAAGGAGAAGCAGAAUGAAAGCACCAUACAAUGAAAGUGGAUGGUGACCAGAGUCUGUCAAGCCCCAUAAAAGACAAAUAAAAUAAAUAAAAUAAACACCAUAAAAGCAUCACAGAAGUACUACUUGCACUAUAUUCCUAGUAUUCUGAAGCCAUAUGGCUUUGGGUGAGGAACAGAAUGAAAGUUAAGUUAUUAUUCACUGAAAAUCUUACUUGACAGCCGUGGUCUCCAUUUGCUUUUAUUGAGAGGAAAAGAGGAGCUUGGACAUUCUACUACAAAUAACUAAUUUUGUCUUCCACACAUCAAGAAAGUCAUACUGAUUUCAAAAGACAUGAGAUUAUGAGUAUGUGAGUAUGAGUACAGAAUUUCUACUUUUGGGUGACCUAUUCCUUUAACAGCUUUUCUUCCUGGUAUGAGUAAGCAGUCAUAAAUCAAACUUAAGUCUCUGACAGUGUCACCAUGUUUAUCUGCCCACCAUAGAGUGAAAUUACAGUUGUACAUUCAGUGAAUUCGGCAUGAUGCAUUAUUCAGGCUGAACACAUGAAAUACAUCCGAUUAAUUCAUUGGAGUCUGAUUUACAAUUGAUUAUGAUGUAACAUUUUCACUACUGUACAUUCUUCAAACACUGAAAUAAUCUGAUUUCUGAAGAACAUGAUAGAAUUCAUCGAAUAAACACAAAAAUCAGUUCAGUGGUGAUUCACGACUGUUCAUUUAAUAAAUGCUCAGCAAAUAAAAUAGCUGGUGCCUUCCAAGUAAUACUCGUACAAGUGAGCAGUCAGUGAAAGCUGUAGUACCAGUAGUGUUAUUGUAAAACUCACAUACAGUGGUGUGAAAAAGUGUUUGCCCCCUUCCUGAUUUC